ACUUACCACAUCACCUGAGAAUCAAAGAGGAUUUGUUGUAUUUAUGUUGUUCUAAUGUCUGUCUGGUCAUAACCUUCUCUGAUUGGUGUUGGUGGAAGUCUGAGGACAAAACGUGUUUUUUCCUUCUUCUUUUCUCUCCCGAUUCUUUUCCUUCUCCCCAGCUCUUCCACUUUUUUGCUGGCUAUUACUGCUUAACAUGCUUUCCUCCUUCUUCUCUUUCACCACGCUGCUUUCUAUCGGACAACUGAAAGGUGGGGACGCAUGUAACAUGUAUUCAAACAGUUUGACCUCCCCAGGUCCUUGUCAACGCCCCUAUCUGCCCCCUAUUCCCGCUGACCCUGUUCAUUGCCAUGAGGAUGCCAGCCAGGAUAGCAGCUCCUCCUCCAAGCAGUCCGUCUAUUGUAAGAACAGUUGGCAGACAAAACACCAAGAUGCUGACACAUGGAGCAGCGCAGAGGAAGUGCUGCCCCCCACUGGAAAACUAAAGUCACGCAGCUGUGAUGACUUGCUCAAUGAUGGGCGUCCUAGCUCAAGUGGGCGCAAUGCCACGCGCUCAGAAAGUGCUGGCUCACUGGUGUGUGAUGGGAAUCCCUCAGGUACGACUGGAUCCACCUCCACUCGCUCAUUGCCUCGCCUCCACCGGCGACGGGCACAUGAUUCUCCAGGCUUUCUCCAGCUCUAUCGUAAGAUGCACCACAUUGACCGAGCUCAGCUUAUUCCAUCUGAAGUCAUCCGUUCAGUUCGUGCUCGCAUCCUGGAGCUAGAGCGCCAGCCUCACUUGCAUCGGCAUCGUCUCUCUCCUUGGACACCCUCUUGGGGUGUUGAUGUGCCACGCGAUAUGGUGCCAAACCGCAUUUCUGAAUAUGAGCAACUUAUUCAGAAGUCCAAAUCCAUGCCCAACUUGGGUGACAGUGAGAUGCCUUCAGGCACUACCACGCCAGGUGGCUCGUCAUCACGAGCCAGCAGUGGUGGUGGUGGCACACCCAGUUUUCCAAAACGCCGUUUUUCCAUAGAAUCUUUACUAGAGGAAGACAACAAUGGCAACAGUGCACCAGUACCUCACACCAUGGAUCACUUGCAUCGACCGCGUAGCCCUCCUGAGGGCCAGCCCCGUGCUGGGCCAGAGCCCGGCCAUGGGCGGCCCUUUCCUGCUCCUCCUGUUCCCCAAGGCCCACAAGCCAACCCAGACUACUCCGACAGUGAACAAGAUGCUGUCGCGUCAGACCUCAGUGACUUCAUCCAGGUGGAGGGCUCUUCAUUUUGCAGUGAGAGUGACUUUGACCAUUGCUCACUAACCUCCUCUGAGAGCUUGUACGGCUCUUCCACCCUCCACCACCAGCAUCACCACCUCCGUCAUCACCACCAUCAUCAUCACCACCACCACCACCCUGGCCACCAAAGUCUAGGCCAGAGCCAGGGCUACCAACACCGCCACCUCAUCAGCACCUGCAAAGGCCGCUGCCCAGCCUCUUAUACCCGUUUCACAACAAUGCUUCGCCAUGAGAGAGAACGAGCACGCCAGGAGCACCAGAGACCUUCUCAGCAGAGCCGCAGCAGCCAUUCCCAAAUCCAGAGCUCACAGUCCCAGCAAGCGAUGUCCAAGCUGGCCUUCCUGGUCAGCCCAGUGCCUUUCCGCAGGAAAAAGGGCUCACCACCUACCUCUAGAAGAACCAGUGGUGGCGAAGGUCGGGGUAGCAGACCCAAGUCCAAACAGGCCAUUUAUGAAGCACUAGAUGCAGCCUUGAGAGACAUAUAUGAGCACAUCCAAGCAGAGAGAGGCCACAGAGGCACAAGGGCACCUGAUGAUAGCAUCCUGAGGAGAAUACUGGCCGAACUGCUGCCAAACGUGCCUGAACGAAGCUCCUCGUUGCGGGGGAGGAGGGGGUGUUGGCACGGAGGUCCCUCCUCUGCAUCACUGUACCCAGAUGGGAGCCCCACUGGGUGUGCCUCAUAUAGAGGGGAUCCAUCCACACCACAGUUACAGUCACCACGGCUACAGUCACCAAUCAGUGCCUGUUACGGACGUCAUACGGAAACCUCAAACAAUAAUGAUUAUGGAGAGGAGCAGGGCAAUGGAAAUGGUCUCUGUUAUUCAGGUGGAGAUAAUACACAAAUAACACCUCAGAUAUGCACAUGUGCACUUUGUCACGUAACCAGUCAUACACAUAGUUUUUUUCUGCAAAAACAAACAUACACACAGUACAUGCAUGCACACAUACUCAAAACGUGCAUGCACAUACAUUUACCUCAGUGUCUCUUUCAGUAUUGCCUGCAGUCAUCGUCCUAUUCACCUCAUUGGUCAGCCGAUACACCCAUUACUGUGCUUUCCUAUAUAUUUACAUGGCAUUCGGUAAGGCCUGUUAACUGUAAAUUCUCAAGUAAAAUCUUGUCUUAAAAUAAUGUCAGAGUCUUAAGUAAUUGUCUUCUUUCGUUUGAUAGUAAGCUAAUGUCAUAAUGUUUUGUGCCACUGGAAGGCUUUUAAUUAAAAAUGUGCAGUGAGGAAGAAAAAUAUGUCAGAAAGAGAAAAUCAGAGCAACAGAGUAGUAAGACAUGAGCUCUUUGUUGUACUGAUUGAAAUAACAAAAA